AAGUUACAAAGUAGCAUCCUGAAGGCACAUUUGAAGAGAGAAGUCUUGAGAUGGAUCCAAAUAAUUGUUCCCACCUGAACUUGGAAGUGGAUCCUUUCCUGUCCUGCAACAACACCUUCAAUCAAACUCUGAAUCCCCCCAAGAUGGACAACUGGUUUCACCCGGGAAUCAUCUAUGUCAUUCCUGCAGUUUAUGGGCUUAUCAUCGUGAUAGGCCUCAUUGGCAACAUCACCCUGAUCAAGAUCUUCUGUACGGUCAAGUCCAUGCGAAACGUGCCAAACCUGUUCAUCUCUAGCCUGGCAUUGGGAGACCUACUGCUGCUGGUUACAUGCGCCCCUGUGGAUGCCAGCAAGUACCUGGCUGACAGGUGGCUAUUUGGCAGGAUUGGCUGUAAACUGAUCCCCUUUAUACAACUUACUUCAGUGGGGGUGUCUGUCUUCACACUUACGGCACUGUCAGCUGACAGGUACAAAGCCAUCGUCAGGCCAAUGGAUAUCCAGGCAUCCCAUGCCCUGAUGAAGAUCUGUCUCAAAGCUGCCUUAAUCUGGAUCGUCUCUAUGCUGUUGGCCAUCCCAGAGGCUGUAUUUUCGGACCUUCACCCCUUUCAUGUGAAAGAUACCAACCAAACCUUCAUUAGUUGUGCCCCCUACCCACACUCCAAUGAGCUGCACCCUAAAAUCCACUCCAUGGCUUCCUUUCUGGUCUUUUACAUUAUCCCACUGUCGAUCAUCUCUGUCUACUACUACUUCAUUGCCCGAAAUCUGAUUCAGAGUGCCUACAAUCUUCCUGUGGAAGGAAAUAUACAUGUCAAGAAGCAGAUCGAAUCCCGGAAGCGGCUUGCCAAGACAGUACUGGUGUUUGUGGGCCUCUUCGCCUUCUGCUGGCUCCCCAAUCAUGUCAUCUACCUGUACCGUUCCUACCACUACUCUGAGGUGGACACCUCCAUGCUCCACUUUAUCACCAGCAUCUGUGCCCGCCUCCUGGCCUUCACCAACUCCUGUGUGAACCCCUUUGCCCUGUAUCUGCUGAGCAAGAGCUUCAGGAAGCAGUUCAACACUCAACUUCUCUGCUGCCAGCCCAGCCUGUUGAACAGGUCUCACAGCACAGGCAGAAGUACCACCUGCAUGACCUCCUUCAAGAGCACCAACCCCUCAGCUACCUUCAGCCUCAUCAACGGAAAUAUCUGCCAUGAGGGGUAUGUCUAGACAAACCUUCAGCCUCGACUCUUAAGGAACUCCUGGUACUAUUCUACAGAUAUCUAGGAUCCCUGAAAUUGAUUGUUGUCUCUAUACCUUCCAAAGACCCUUC